GCCCCAGCCCAGCGCAGCCGAGCCGCGCGGAGCGCCGGGUCCCGCGCCCGCAGCCAUGCCGGCCGGCCGUGCCGCGCGCACCUGUGCGCUGCUCGCCCUCUGCCUCUUGGGCAGCGCGGCCCAGGAUUUCGGGCCGACGCGCUUCAUCUGCACCUCGGUGCCGGUGGACGCCGACAUGUGCGCCGCGUCCGUGGCCGCCGGCGGCGCCGAGGAGCUCCGGAGCAACGUGCUGCAGCUCCGCGAGACCGUGCUGCAGCAGAAGGAGACCAUCCUGAGCCAGAAGGAGACCAUUCGCGAGCUGACCACCAAGCUGGGCCGCUGCGAGAGCCAGAGCACGCUGGACACGGGCGCCGGCGAGUCUCGGACGGGCGGCGGCCGCAAGCAGCCCGGCUCAGGCAAGAACACCAUGGGCGACCUGUCCCGGACGCCGGCCGCCGAGACGCUCAGCCAACUCGGACAAACUUUGCAGUCGCUCAAAACCCGCCUGGAAAACCUCGAGCAGUACAGCCGGCUCAAUUCCUCCAGCCAGACCAACAGCCUCAAGGAUCUGCUGCAGAGCAAGAUCGAUGACCUGGAGAGGCAGGUGCUCUCUAGAGUGAACACGCUGGAGGAGGGCAAGGGGGGCCCCAAGAACGACACCGAGGAGAGGGCCAAGAUCGAGAGCGCCCUGACCUCCCUGCACCAGCGGAUCAGCGAGCUGGAGAAAGGUCAGAAGGACAGCCGCCCUGGAGACAAGUUCCAGCUCACAUUCCCACUGCGGACCAACUACAUGUACGCCAAGGUGAAGAAGAGCCUGCCAGAGAUGUAUGCCUUCACCGUGUGCAUGUGGCUGAAGUCGAGCGCGGCGCCGGGCGUGGGCACGCCCUUCUCCUACGCCGUGCCCGGCCAGGCCAACGAGCUGGUCCUCAUCGAGUGGGGCAACAACCCCAUGGAGAUCCUCAUCAACGACAAGGUGGCCAAGCUGCCCUUUGUCAUUAACGAUGGCAAGUGGCACCACAUCUGUAUCACCUGGACCACCCGGGACGGCAUCUGGGAAGCCUACCAAGACGGCACCCAGGGUGGCAGUGGAGAGAACCUGGCUCCUUAUCAUCCCAUCAAGCCACAAGGAGUGCUGGUGCUGGGCCAGGAGCAGGACACUCUGGGUGGUGGGUUUGAUGCCACCCAAGCGUUCGUGGGUGAGCUGGCCCAUUUCAACAUCUGGGACCGAAAGCUGACCCCGGGGGAGGUGUACAACCUGGCCACCUGCAGCAGCAAGGCCCUUUCUGGCAACGUCAUCGCCUGGGCCGAGUCCCACAUUGAGAUCUAUGGCGGGGCCACAAAGUGGACAUUCGAAGCCUGUCGCCAGAUCAACUGAGGUUCCUGCCCCUCGGCCCCCGCCCGCCUCCUGCUUGUGCGGCGAUGCUCUGUGAUCUGGUGUCUCUCCUUCUCUCCCAGUCCCCCAGGAAUGACUCAAGGCCAUUGCCCUCGUACGCGCACACGCACGCACACACACAUGCACACAGCCUGGUUUGGUCCUGGUGCACAAGACGCAGGCCCGGCUCUCGUCCCGGAGGAGGUUCUGUCCUCCCUGGGAGCCCCGCACUGUGUCAGGCAUGCCCCACUCACCGAUGACACAGGUGGCGGCGACACUGGGAACAAUGCAGGAGUGACAGGACUGUGUGUGUGUGUGUGUGUGUGUGUGUGUGUGUGUGUGCGCGCGCGCGUGUGUAUGCGUGCAUGUCUCUGUGGGAAAGGCUUUUUCUUUCCGAAGGAGGUAUUUCAUUUCCUUCCUUCUUUGUGGCUUUGGGAAGUCUCAUGGCGGAUCGGAUAUCUGUGUCUGCCAGCCCUGUGAGCUGCUGCGUGCCUUGGGGCUGAUGCAGCUUCUUCAGUCACACGCAUUUGUCUUCGUUUGCAAAGCUGGUUCCGAGCCACAUUUCUCUAUUGAUAAAAUAAAUGUCUUUUAGCGGUUUGCUAAAGGCUGGGGGGGGCCUCUCCAUGGAGAAAUUUUAUUUUGUAGAAGUGAAUUUUCUUUGAAGGAUCGAUGGCAGACAGUGUCCUGAGAGGGUACCAGGUGCUCAGAGGGGGCAGAGGAGCUGGGAGGAGGGUCCAGGCAGGCCUCCUUCACCCCCCAGCUACCAUCCUCUUGCUGGCAUCUGAGGGCAGCACUGGGCCCGGGAGGCUGGCCGCAUGCCCAGCGUGGCCAGCUCUGGCCUUCAGCCCUCCCACCCCCUUACACCCACACACUUGGGAUCUGUCCUCCCUUUCAGCCCCCAGCCUUUCCUGCCACUGCACUGGUGCCCCUGAGAGAGGAAUGUCCCCCCUCACAGCCCAGGACCCCAGGGCCCCACUCCUUUGCCUCUGGCAGUAGGAGACCAGAGGCUUCAGUGGGUCAGCUCAAGAGUGGACCUUUUAGACUAGGAAACCCGCCCUAUGCUUAAGAUCCAGCCAUGCAGGGCCACUGAGAUGCAUCCCCGCCCGUGGAUGGGAAGGUCCGUGGUGACUCUGACAACCAUAUUCCUUCCACACGACAGGCCCAGGUGAGCUGGCUCAGCCAGGCCUCCAGGGGGCAGGGCCUCCGGAGACCUCUCACGGAGCCAGGCAUGGCCAGGCCCAGCCCUAAAACCCACUCCCCACCUUACAGGGCUCAAAGGCCUGCAGCAGCCACUCGUGUCAUCGGCUGGUGACACGGAGAUCUGACCGGUGUCCAGAGGCUUUGACUUUUUUCCCCAUGGAAAGCAAUCAUGCACAUUUCCUUCUAGUCCUUCCGAGGCUGGGAGAAAAGUGCAUGCAUGUGAGUGUGCGUGUGCGUGUGCGUGUGUGUGUGUGUGUGUGUGUGUGUGGAGAGAAAGAGCACUUAGAUCAUGCCCAGGGUAAGGCGAGCUCCCUGCUUUUUUGCACCAUCUGGGGGUUGCACGCCCAAGGGCAUUCUGGAUUCUGUCACCAGGAAUCUAACUAGCAAAAGGCUGGCAAGUCUUUCUAGAAGUCUUUCUACUGCACUGCCUGGCUCAUCUACAGCUGCAGACAUUUCUUCAGGAGGAGCAGGUGUUUCCGUCUGCUGUUCCUUCCAGGGGCACCUGUCUCCUUAAACGCAGGUCCAUAUUGUGUCGGAAACCUAGUGCAUCUGUGUGUCUGUGUUGGUGUCUCCGUCGGCGUCUGCACGGUACCCAGUCGCCGUCCUGCUGCGCCGUGUUGCCCUCGUCCCGAGGGUGCGGCCCAGGCUGCGUGUUGUGGUUCAGUAGUGGCUUUUUCUGACCAUUGUGCUUUGUCAGAGCCCGUAGGUUGUGGCAUCUUUGGAUCUGCAGGGAUCUUCUCUGUUUGCAUGUCCCUCAGGGUGGCGUGUCCCUUGCUCCCUCAGUCUGAUGUGUGUUCCCCUGCCUGCAUGGACUUCUCUGGUUCUGUGUUUCGUGCCGAGUGCCACCCAUUGUCCUAUGACCAUCCAUGUAGCUACCGAAUAUGGCUGGGAAAGCAAGCCAAGGGUGUUGGAGGAGGUCACGGGAGAGAGAAUGUCCCUCUCCCCCUCCCCACUCCCCAAACACACCAAGAAGUAUUUUUCACAUGUAGGAUGAGAACAGGCCCCAACGGUGCCCGUGGUUGGGAGAGAGCGAGAGCUUGGAAUCACCCCUCUAGACCAGAUCGCCCCCCUCACUCACAUCAGCCAUCUGGGAGCUGUUGCGAGGCCCAGAGCGGGCUAGGUGCUCUCCGGUCAGCACCUCCCACCAGCCCCUGCCCUUCGAUUGACCUACCGGACGCUAGCCCGCCACCUGCCCGCGUGCGCGCGGUGGGAGCUGUCCGUUCAGGACCACAAGCCAUCCUCUGCCCCCACGAGAGAGGGGCAGAGCCUACCCAGACGUUUAUGUCUCUGUCCCUUCCACCUCCCGACCCUUCACUUCCCUCACCCCUCCCCUGACGCACCCGUGGUGCCCGGGACAGAAGCUGACAUUUAGCUCCCUCCCCGCCCCUCCCUGGAGCCUGUGCCAAGCCCCUCGACUCCCUCACUGUGUUAACACUUGGCCCUUUGCUGGCCCCGAGAGAGGUAAAUGACACAGCAGCAAAUCUAAUCCACGUGGUUUCCAUCUACUCCUUAAUCUGAUUGAUGUUCCCUCUUGCACUGAAUAAUCCACGCCUAUCUCAGGUAAGCCAUUUUAUAGAAGAAGAAGAUAAAAAGCACUGUCACGACAGUGUUUGCUUUCGCCGAGCUGGAGCCCCACAGCUCCCUGCGUGUCCGAGGGGGGGAGCGCCCGACAGGCUCUCCUGGCCCUCGGGGGCUCAGAUCCCACUUGAAUCGUAAGCCUUCUUGCUUUUGAUAACACGGUAUUAUUUCUCUUACUGUAGAAGAAAAAGUUUAUUACCAAACAAGAGUAUUUUUAUGAAAGAAAAGGACAAACCUAUAGAUUAACUCAACCUCUAUCUCCCUUGAAAACACUUUCAGGCUCCGCCAAAUCGUAGAACUGAAAGCACGUAUUUUGGAAGAAAGAUACAUUUUGUAUGCUUUCUUUUCCUUUUGUAGAUUCCCAGUUUAUUUUCUAAGACUGCAAAGAUCACUUUGUCACCAGCCCUGGGACCUGAGACCAAGGGGUGUCUUGUGGGCAGUGAAGGGGAGGGGAGAGGCUGGCGUGAGGGUCAUGCUUGUUCCAGUGAGCUCCCAGGAGGGGCCACCUGUUCUCAAAGGCAUGUUGGGACCAGGACGGAGGGGGGCCAGGAAUGGUGGACCCAUUGUCUCCGAGCUGACUUGUUAAGUGGAACCAGUUGGGGACUCAAAUAGCAGUUCCAACCUUGAGAGAAGAAACUAGGGUUACGUAUUAACGUCAAGGGGAUGGAAUCCUUUGUAAUCUUCUGGCAACCAAAAUGUGGCUGGACGCGGUCAUGGUUUCCUCUCUUAAAACAUAGUGUGUAAAUGUAUUGAACUGUUGGGAAACGUAUCACUUCCACGCACGGUGGACUUAAGUGCCAUUUGUUGAAGGACAACAAGUCAUUGAGGAGAACAGAAGCCCGAAAAUACUUAGAGUCCCAAUUUUGUCUUAUUUGCCAAAACAAACAAAACUAGCAACAACAACAACAACAA